UUUCAGACUACUUGGACAGAAGUUCAAGAAAGCAAUGAGGCUUCCCCGGGCAAGACACCUACAGAGAAAAAGCAGGAGCCUACAUAGAAGAUAGUAUGAGGAGCUGGUGUUCUAGAGAGAGAAACUUCAGUCUGUAGUUUACAGGAAGAAAUAUACUGAACAAGACAAUGAGAGUUUGAUGCUGUCUCUGAAGAAGGUACCGAAUCUUCCCUUGUAGCUUGCAGGGACAAUCCCAGCAGGGGUUAAAUAAGCCAUGAAGCGCUUAUCUACUCAACACCUAGAUGUACAUCUCUAUCCUUGUCUGCUUGGAUUGUUCCAUAGAUGUCACUCUCCUCCCCCAGCACUCGACUCCCCACCUCAGGGUAAAUUGCGUUUUCGCUCCCCCCCAGGGGCUUUUGUGCUUCUGGGAAUCCUCCUGGUAGUAACAGGACUAAUUGUAGCUGUGAUAGGUUACUGGCCUCACCACAGGUAUAAUACCUCUUCUCUAUUGACUCCUCCUCCUCCUCCACAGUCACACCCCCAUGUAGAAAGACUGAAAUUGAUCGGCCCAGUCAUAAUGGGUAUUGGGCUUUUUGUCUUUAUUUGCGCCAACACCCUUCUCUAUGAAAAUAGGGACACUGAAACAAGGAUUCUUUUGCAAAACAGGGAAUCAAUACAGGGCCCCAAUCAUAUAGCUCUGCAUACCAGCUCAAGGGACCCAGCUCUAACCAAGAAGACAUGGGAAGAAAGUUCUGGAGAGCUGGACAAUAGGAGGAAUGUAUUAAUUAGGGCACAGCUGUUGUGUCCUCCUAGUAAUAAUCUUUCGGCUUCUCUUGCUAGCAUCCGCUCAGACCCAUGCAUUUCAUCAAAGACCAGUGUAGGUGAUAAAUGGCGGCACGUGUUGGAAGCACAAGGGAGGGGCUAUAGCUCAGAUGUAAGGCUGGAUAUUACAGAUGAGGAAGGAAAAAAUAAUUUUUUGGAGGUGCCUUCUAAAGAAGUGCAGAGCAGAAGCUGGCCAAGGCUGGAGAGAGGAGAAGGGAGUUAUACAAAGCUGCACAAUGCUAAAGAGAGAGAACUGGAUGAAGGAGAGAGGGAGAGCAGCCAAGAAACUGUUCCAGAACUGGCAUAAUGCAGAAUCAUAGUUUUACAAACAAAAUCUGUCUCAGUAUGAUGUAAACAGAAGGGAAUUGUGGACAUUGAGUCUGCCCCUUUUGCGGAGAGUGACACAAUAUAAAUAAAAUUAAAAGAAAAAAAAUCCAAAACAGAUGUGUUUAACAUAUUCCUCAUCUGCUAUGUUAUUAUGUGUAUAGAUACAAUGAGGCCUAGUAAAUGGAUUUUUAUUAUAAUUGUAAUGCAUUUUCAUUAUUUAUUUCUGUAAUUUAAAUUGGAAAAUUGUAGUUUUUCCCCCCAUAAUGGCUGGAGUGAAUUCAGUGGAAUGCAGAAUCCUGACCUUCCUACAUGUUGUGCAUUGAUUCAUUGGAUAUGAACAGGAGCUCAGUUAUAUUUGUGCUUAAUUGGCUACAGCAAAGGAGAUCAUAUUUGCAGUACUAAAGAGGGUUAUCAAGGGUUGUGCAAAAUAAAUUUAAAUGUUUCCAAAAUGA